AAGAAAGUGCCAAACAUCUAAAGCACAGAGAUAAGGCUUAAAUUUCAAAACAGGCUGUAACAUUAACAGUGUGAGUGUGCAGUCCUCCUUGCCAAGGAAGGAGAGGCACCAGGGACCAUGAGUGAGAAUGGCCCUCAUACGGAGGCGCCUAUGUACUUUGAGGUGGAGGUGGAUCACCUGGAGCGGGACGACGAAGAAGAAGAAGACAAGAUCCACUUUGACAAAGAUGAUGACCUGAUUCCUGAGCCUUCAUCAUCUUCUGGUCGGGUGUAUGACCGCACCACAGUGCUCAUUGAGCGGGACCCCAUCCGGCUGGAUGAGGAGGGCGAAGAAGAGGGUCACUGUGGAGGGGAUGAAGAUGGAGUCACCUUCUUAACUGAGGGGGAAGGUGAUGGAGAUGAGGAGGAGGGCUCUCUGGCCUUUAUGGCCGACCCUGAUGCCAUGUCACAAGGUUAUGUGCACCACACCAUUUCUGCAGACCAGAUCCAGUUCACAAUAAAUCCAGGUUCCACUCCCAUGCCACGCAACAUAGAGGGGGCCACGCUCACCCUGCACUCUGAGUGCCCAGAAACCAAGCAGAGAGAGGUGAAGCGCUACCAGUGCAUGUUUGAGGGCUGUACAAGAACGUACAGUACGGCGGGAAACCUGCGGACACACCAGAAGACUCAUCGGGGCGAGUACACGUUUGUGUGUAAUCAGCAGGGCUGUGGAAAGGCCUUCCUCACUUCUUACAGUCUGAAGAUCCAUGUCCGCGUUCACACCAAGGAGAAGCCGUUUGAGUGUGAUGUGCAAGGCUGUGAGAAAGCCUUCAACACGCUAUACAGACUAAAAGCACACCAGAGACUUCACACAGGCAAGACAUUCAACUGUGAAUCGGAGGGAUGCACAAAGUACUUUACCACACUCAGUGACCUGAGGAAGCAUAUUCGCACACACACUGGGGAGAAGCCAUUCCGGUGUGACCAUGACGGCUGUGGCAAAGCUUUUGCUGCAAGUCAUCACCUAAAAACACAUGUACGGACUCACACAGGGGAGAAGCCAUUCAACUGUCCUAGUGAUGGCUGUGAGAAGACUUUUAGCAGCCAGUACAGUCUGAAAAGUCACAUCCGGGGCCACGACAAAGGACAGGCCUUCAGCGUCACCCUCACCCACCCGCUCUCUGAAGAUGCAAAUCACUCGCUGUGCCUCAGUGACUUGAGCCUCAUCUCUACAGACUCAGAGCUACGAGAGAACAUCCAUAAUGCUCAAAAUCUGGACCUCAACAAUGUGACCCCAGUGAAAAUCUUUGAGCUCAUGUUCCAGAGUCCUGAAAAUAGUGUCAGCCAAGAUGAUGCCCAUCACAACGAGAGCCUUGCUGAACCCUUCAGCCUAGAGACCUCUACCCAACCAGGAGUGACUGAUGCUUCAUCUCUCAUCUCUUUCUCUAUCAAUCCUACCUCCUCAUCUUCCUGUUCCCACACAACUGCAGUCAUGGAGGCUUCUUCCCAGCUCAGUCAGAGCUCUUCCUCUCAGGCCUCCACCUCUGCCUCUGUCUCUGCUACUGUCAGCUCUGCCCAGCCUCCCUCUUUCAUGCAACUAACCGGUCCUCAGCAGAUCUCCGAUGUGCCUGCUCAGGCUUCUGUCCAAGCAUCAAACCAUGCCCCCUCCCAGCACUAUGUGACACUGCCACCCACAUUCCUGCAGCCUGACAGUGCCACCCAGACCACUCCUCUACCACCACCCAUCUCUGCUCCUCUUCCAGUGGCUCCAGCACUGACCACCACAGAAACAGGCACUGCUGCUGUGUCUGUGGUUGCAGCCACCACAACAGAUGCUCUGGCAGCUGUGGCUCAACCUGUGCCUUUGGCCAACAACCCUGUCCCCAACUCUGGCCCUGGUCUGGCUCCCACCCCUGCCACCAUCACUAUAGCACCCACCCAGAACCUGCUUCAGCCCAGCUUGGUCAUGGCUGACCAGAACCUUCAGUGGAUCCUCAGCAGUGCUGCCAGCAGCCAGCAGAACCCAGAGCAGGCAUCACAUCAAGGAGCUCCAAAAGUGGAAAAGGUUUUCUUCACUACAGCCAUACCAGUAGGAGGAAAUGCUGGUAACUCAGUCCAACAGAUCGGCCUCAGCCUGCCAGUCAUCAUCAUCAAACAGGAGGAAUCCUGCCAGUGCCAGUGUGCCUGCAGGGAGUCUGCUAAAGACAAGAGUUCAAAGAGUGCCUCCUCCAUCGUUCCUGCCCCAGCACAGCAGCAACCAUCAGAGCCCCCUCCUCCCCCACUAUCAAAGCCCCCAGAUCCUCCCCACCAUCCAGCCACCUCAUCUUCCUCAUGCUGUCUCCCUGAGUCUUCCUCCAAGGUGGGUGAGGUGAGCCUGGAGGCCCCCUCUUCCUCCUCCUCCUCAGCUCAGACUUUCUCCACUAUAGUUAGCAGCACUGCCUCAACCAACCCUCCCUCUUCUGACGGGUUAGCCAAUAUGGACGUCUCAGACUUCCUCUCCCUGCAGAGCCCUGAGACAGCUGCCAACAUUGAGGCGUUGCUGCUGGUUGCAGAUGACUUUAACAUGGCCACUGAUGGCAAUCCUUAGAAGAGCUGCCUUCUGGCACCAUGUGUUUGUCUGUUGCACCCACUCAUCCACAGGCAUUGAUUCCACCUACAUCUCAAGUCACUCUCCUCAGUGACGCCUCGUCUUUCUCCCUAUAUAUUGUGUGCUUUGAACCCCUGUAUCUGCAGUGCAUUCUGUUCUGUAUGGCAUUGUGCAACAUAUAUACACAAUCUAUGAAUACUUUCUCUGUUGAGACUCAUUGCAGUAGUUGAGUUUUUAGAAACAGGAUUAGUUUGCAUAUUGACAUUUAGCAAUGUUAAUGCUAAUGCUAAUUUACACAGGGAAAAAGCAGUAGGUCCUUUGUUAAAAACAUAAUCAAACUGUAUAUAAUAACCUUUGAUAUCCACUCUGAUCUGAAUGAAAUAAGUGAGUGUCCAAGCACUGAUAACGUAAGAGUUCCAUUUUCCUGGCUUGAAGGUCACACACCUGAGCAGGAAAACAAAGCUUGUCUGUAUAUCCUUGUACUGUACUACAGGUCCUAACAACAAAUGCUUAAAGCUGAUAUGCAGCUGAUCAGAAUGCACUGUAUAUUAGAGGAAUUCACUAUAAUUUUAUCAAGCGUUGCUCCCAGCAGGAAUUUGGAGGGGUUGGCUACAUAGCCCCUCAUAUGGCUGUCACACAAUAUAAAGUGACUUCCUCAGUAUUUUUGUUUUUUAGGAAGACUAGUGUAGUCCAGAAAAUGUGAUGAUUCUUUUCUACUUCUUUUGACAGUUAUUUACUAAUUGAGAGAAGAACCUGUGAUCAGAUUUGCCUGUCUCUUUAAGUGAAAUUAAGUCAAUACAUCAAUAAGUUGCCUAACUUAAACUAAUUUAAAAUUGUACAUGUUAAUUUAUUUAAAUGCUUGAUUCUGUCAUUAUACUGGUAAUACUAUUAUCUUCAAGAUAGCAGAAAAAUCUAUUAAUUUAUUCCAAUCACUUGUAUUUUUAAGUUGAGCUGUUUUUGUUACUGAAUUGCUUUCCUUUUAAGAACGUAAUGGGUCUUGCUAAAAGCAAGUUGGAGUAAAGAGGCACCUAUAGUAGACUGCACAGUGAAUUAUCCUCUAGGAUCUGCUUGUUUGCAAAAAUUGUCCACAAUGAAACAGUAAUGAACUACUGUCAACAUCCCAUGUUUUAUAGGGUUGUGGCCCUCUCAGGGAUGCAUCAAGUCAUAACUGAUCCUGGUUCCCUUAAUUUGUUACUCAGACAUGCGUUUUCCUAAUAAGAUGCCCCACACUUGCAGUAGCCCUACGUUUUGCUGCACUCUCCCCUGUUUAUUGCACACUGACUUGUAAAGUGAGUAAUCUGAUUGCUUGUUAGCCUAGGUGCAGCACCACUACAGACUUUUUGUAUACAACUGCUGUAAAGUAGCAUUUGAAAGAUGGUGUCCUGGCAACAGUGUAUAUACAGUACAAUUUAGUGUAAACAUCUUUGAGAAACUUGUAGAUUAUUCUAGAAUUUGUAUUUUUGUAUAGACUUUUGAAUUACUAACUCUCAGAGUUUGGAGCUAAUGUAUACCCUCUAUCCUUGCAUUCUUUCCCCAUUCACAUUCAUGCAGAAUAGUUUGAAUUUUGCUGUGUCUAGAUGAGUGGUUCUAUAAGCAGCUGGGCUUCUGUACAGUCCCUAUAGUAUCAAAAUAUAUGUAACACAUAGCCCCUUGCUCAGAGUAUAAUUUAACAGUAUUGUUUCACAUGGGACACAAUGCAAUGAUGAUGGAGCGAAGGCAUUUUGCCCUGUAUACUAGAGUGUAGAGCUACUUGGCCUUACAAUAUUAACUGUUAUGAGCCUUCCUUGCCUUGACAGUCUCUGCAACAGACUUGCCAUUGACAUGUUGACAUAUUCAUCUUCAUUGAGUCUCAAGCAAUCACUUCCAGCAGGGGAUCACACUGAGGCAAAAUCACUGAGACAGAAAAGCUUGAUCUGCAUUGUUUUCCAGCUGUAAUGUUUGUAAAGUCACAAAUGGAUAUGCAGCAUUUCCAAAAAAUAUAUGGUGGAGUGGAGCUUUCCCACGAUUCACACGUGCCAAGAAGGCAGAUAUGUUGUUAACGGCUCCAGUCAUAUUUUGUGCUCAAAACCAUUCCACAUAUGCAGUAUUUGAUAUUUGGAGUGUCUAAAUCUGAACUUUGCUCCAUUGGAUUGCAAAAUUCACCAUUUCCGUCUCAAGGCACUUGGUGAAAUUACUUCCAGGAGUCAAGGUCAUGCCAUCAAUAUAUACUCUUAUACAUGCAUACUGUCAAUGAACACAACUAUGCAAUUUUAAGUGGCAUUCACAAGUUUAAAUACUGACUCCAAGACAAAAAAAAAAAAAUUUAUUCCUCCCUCCAUGACAGUCUGCUACAAACUUAUAUGCAGAAGUCCAGUGGUGAAAGUUGCCUUUCCAGUGCAUACAUAUUGAGCAUGCUUCUUGAACUCCAGUUUAUUGUAUUUCAUAUUUCACAUUUGGAAUGGUGUGAAUCUGGUCUUUGUAGUGUGUCCAAGUACUGUUCCAAUGAAUGUUGCACCACAGCUAUCCCUUGUACAUGCUGUUUUGCCUCUGAGGUAACUGGUUUAAAACCAACUGGAUUUGUUUGAAGGAGUACUUAGUGAAUGAAUGAUUCUGUUUUAAGAAUUAUUUUUGGUCAAAUGUAAGCAGCUUUUCCUUUUUACACUUUAUGGGUACAUGUUUCAUUUGGGCUCACCCCAUUUAUGUAGUCAUCUCAGCCUUUCACAUAUUUAAAUUUGACAUGUGGAUGAUUUGUUGGCUCAUCUUCACCAAUGAAAGUCGAACUUACAGCUGAAGUUUACCUGAAACGGUAAACAUCAGCAUAUCACUGAUGGUGGCAUUUGUUUGGAAGCAGAUUGUUUGUUCACAAAUGUAUAGCCAGAGUGUUGUUGGAAAUUGAGAUCCAGAAUUUCUGCCAUCGCCAACAUUUUUCCAAAUGGCCAAUAUUUAAAAAGAAAAAAAAAAAAAAAAAAAAAAAGGAAACUAUAUGCUUCCAAAGUAAUGUCUUGACACCCAAAGAGUGUGGAAUUGUUAAGGAUUUGUAUUUUUUAAAAGAAUGUAUUAUGUGAAAAUGUUUGCUUAUGCUUGUUUCGUAUAAAGUAAUAUGAUAAAUAACUUUCUGAAUUGAGAGCAAUAUAAUACUAAUAAAACCUUA